AACUUUUUUUGGCCUUGAUGGGCAUAGUAUUACAGUUUCUCCUAAAGUGGUUCCUCGGUUAGAGCUGCUUUUCCAACUUUUCCUUUUCAGUCCGAUUGUCACGGGAAAGAUUACGAUAACGCACUUGGUCCGGCAGUAAUCCUUUCGGAUGCCCGAUGAUACAGUGGAAAAACUACUUAACCUUCAAGAAAGUUCUCAUCAGAUGACCUGAAACUGAUUUUUAAUACCAAAACAUUUAAAUCUAAAAAUGAAAAACAAUUAGAAGCCUUUAAAAAAAGAAAAUGUGAUGUUUGCACCGAAAAAAAAAUAAUAGUCCCAGGUUAUUAAAUACUUCCAGUUUUGAUCCACCUCUUAAGGGGGUGAGGGUUACUUGGAGUAAUAAAGGAGUCAGUAGAGUAUCUACCUACAUCUCCGUUGGAAUUAAUUGGUGAUGGGCGUUGGGCUGGAACCGCAGGGGGUUAAGACUACGAUUCUUCCAAUGAUGCAAUUGUUUGGAUUCAUUUUUCAAGAAAAAUUAGAAUCAAUUGGUUUGUCAGCAACUGACAUCUCAGUUAUAAUUAACACAAAUCAGGCGUUUGGAAUGCUUAUGGGUUUAGUGAAUGGAGUUUUAUUGAAAAAAAUGGGAUACAGAAAAGUUGCAGGUAUAUCUACUCUUUGUACGACAACUGGAAUCAUUCUUACAGGCUUUUCAAAUAGUUUCAUCGCCUUUAUUUUCACUUACGGAAUUCUAUGUUCGUUAGGAUGUGGAAUGGGAACUUCAGCAUAUACCUUAGCAUUAAAUACGUAUUUUCUAAAAAAGAGAAGCAAAGCUCUGGGAGUUGCUUUGUCUGUUUCUGGUCUAGGACCUAUUUUUAUGCCACAAUUAGUCACUUAUUUAUUAAAUAAUUAUGGUGUGAGNUAUUAA